CAUUUAAAUCCUUCUUUUUUUUUUUUUUUUUUUACUGCUGAAAGUUCCUCAUUUUCUUGUCUUAGAUUUUGCCAUUAUAGGCUUCAAUUCCCAUACAAGAGUUUGUUUCCCACAAAAAAAAAAUUGGAUUAAACAUACAUGGCAAUUGAACUUUGCUCAGAGAAUUGUGGGGUUUCUUCAAACUCAUCAAUGAGUCCAAGAAUCUCAUUCUCACAUGACUUCUCACAAUCUGAUGUGAUACCUGUUGAGCAGCACCCCUUUGGAUCAACAACUUCUGAUUUGGAAUCAAGCAAUGAUUUUGAUUUCUGUGUCACUGAAAGUUUUGAGCUUGUUGAGUCUUUUCCAGCGGAUGAGUUUUUCUCAGGUGGAAGGAUCAUUCCCACUGAAAUCAAGGGACCAAAGAAGAACAACAACAUCAUUCAUCAAAAGGGUCAUCACCAAUUAGCACCACAACACCCUCCUCCAUUGCCUCCACAAUCAUGUGUUACUGUUAAUCAUAAUCAUAAUCAUAAUCAUGAUCAUAAUCACCAUUGUUCUAGCUCUACUAGUAGUAGGAACUUGAAGAAAGAAGGUUCAUCAAAAGAAGGAAAAUACAUGAACAAUAAUAAUAACAAUGAUUCAAAGUCCUUUUGGAACUUCAAGAGAAGUAGCAGUUGUGGGAAUGGAUACAGAAGAAGUUUGUGUGCUUUGCCACUUCUAUCAAGAAGCAAUUCAACUGGAUCAUCAUCCAACACCACCAAGAGGAAUCCAUUGUCAAAGGAAGCAGGUACUAAUAAGCAAAAUUCACACAAACAUUCUUCUUCUUCUUCUCAAUCUAUUGUUGCUCCAACAAACAUUUAUCAUCAAAAGCCUCCACUGAAUAAUAAGACUCAUCAUCAUCAUCAUCAUGGAUCUUAUGGUAACAACAGUGUUAGAGUUGUUAGUCCUGCUCUUAAUGUUCAUUCUGCUAACCUAUUUGGUUUGGCCUCAAUCUUCUCCAACAAUAGAGAUAAGAGCAAGAAGAAGUGAUUGUUAAUUUGCAUUAGAAUAACUCUGUGUACUCCAACCUAAUAUAAUUAUCAGGUUAGGUAGCCUACAUUACAUUACACCCUGGUGUGACUCUUUCUGGAUUCUACGUUAACGCGAAAUGCUUAUACACCAGAUUGUCUGUUUUAUAUAUAUAUUUUUUAGAGGAAUGCUAGGGGCCAGCAACUUUUGGGAUUUAUAGUCAUCAAAUAGCCAUCAAUGAGGCUUUUAAUGGUGUGAGAAUAGUAUGAGAUUUCAUCCAAUGGCUCACUCUUCUUUGUUGGUUACAUACUGGCCAGAAUUUGAUAAAGUUGCUGGUCCCCUAGACUUUUCUUAUUUUUUAUUUGCAAUUUUAUUAGCUAAUGAAGUGUGAAGCAAAAAUUAAUUCCUCUCUUUUACUAUGUACUUUCUUGUAUUAUCUAACAUGUGUGUGAUUUGGAAAAAAAAAAGGAAUAAGUAGGUUAGAUAUUUUGAAAGGUGAAUGGUUUGCAUCAAGAAAACAAGAUGAUGAAGGUGAUUUAGAAGGAUGAUAGUAAUGUACGACUAUGUUAUGUGUACACUAAAAUCAGCUACUAAAGUCAGUUAUCAGUAUAAAAUACGUGUUAGAAUAUAAAUACAUAUUAAAACUAAAUUAAACUAUACAUGUAUUUAUACACAAAUAUAUUGGUGGCAAUUUUAGUGGCUGAUUUUAGUAUACGAAUAACAUUUUUUAAGUAAUGUAUGAUGCUUUGUGGCAAAAAAUGACAGAUCAUUGUAGUUUUCAUGGCUUCUUGUCCUUUGUCUGUGUUUUGCUCCCCUGCUUUUGUUCUUCUAGAGAUUCUGUAAAUAUAUUGAUUUUGAUUA